AUGGACGACCAAGACUAUCUCGAACCAGGUUGGGAUCCCUCAUCAGUGACGAUCCCGCGUCUGCGCGCCAUCCUCGUUGCCCACAAUAUCUCCUACCCGGCGUCCGCAAAGAAGGCCGCACUGAUCGAAAUCUUCAACACCAGCGUCCUGCCACAGGCGCGCAAGAUCCGUGCACAGAAUGCAAGAGUGAAGCGCACCAGCAGAGGAAUCGAAGACAUUACCACUGGUCGGAGAGGAACUGGUGCUCGCGAUGCAGAAGACGACGACGACAUGAGCGAGAGUGCGCCAACACCCGCCUCGAUCCGCAGCACCCGGCGAAGCACGAGAUCCCGUACAGAGGAGCCGCUAGAGGUCCCUGAGCCCACUCCGCGCUCCAUCAGACACAGCACCGAACCACCGCAGUCAGUGGCUCGAGCUUCGAGCAAGCAUGCCCGGCAGCCGGAGCCGCUCAAGGAAGAGGAUGAAGAGCCUACACCGAAGCGCACAGCUCCCCGUAGAUCCAUGGCAACACCGGCAGCGAAAUCCGAGCCGGCAGAAGACUCGCCAUUCUCCAGCAACAAUGUGUUCCAGAGGUCAGGGAACAGUCCUCCAGAGCCGCGGACCAUCGAUCAUGAUCGUCGACGCACCACCGCGAGUACCGCACGAGAUCUGGAGAGGCGCAACCGAGAGCUACGGAGACGCACCGAUGGCCUUAUCCAGGCCCGCCCACAGACAGACGGAGCUGUUGUUCCUACUCGACGCACAUUCCAUGUUCCAGUAAGAAAUGAUGACGUGCAACAGGGCGAGGAGUUUACGCCAGAUGAGCAAUYAGAGCUCAAUGAAGCAGAGGAGACGGGCCAGCUCGUUCCCGUGCGGCGACAACAGGCCAAGCCAGGGGUCAACGCCAAAUUGAGCAUCUUCGUUGUUCUUACGGCACUAUUUGCCGGACCAGCAGCGCUAUGGCGGCAGGAGAAGCUCGAGGUUGGGUAUUGCGGAGUCGGCCACCCCUCACUCGAGGUUGGUGGUAUCAACAUCCCCGRGUGGGCCGAAAGCAUUCGUCCAGCAUGUGAACCAUGUCCACCCCACGCCUUCUGCAACGAGCUGCUGCACACCGAAUGCGAGAGUGGAUUCGUGCUCACCCAACAUCCGCUGUCUCUCAACGGCCUCAUCCCCAUUCCACCCACCUGUGAGCCAGACAGCGCCAAGGCCCGCAAAGUCAAUGCCGUCAAGGAACGCGCUGUUGAAGCACUGCGUGAGCAAAACGCGAAGUACGAGUGUGGCGAGGCUGCAGCGCCGGAACUGAAGGAGACGGCGCUCAAGGAAGCCAUCAACACGAAGCGUCGCAAGGGUAUGAGCAAUGAGGAAUUUGAGGAUCUCUGGUCCAGCGCUAUAGGCGAAAUUACCAACACCGACGAAAUCGUCAGCGGGUCAGAUGGCACCGGACACGCAACACUCGCAUCCACCAGCAUGGCGUCCGUCCCACUCUCCUGCGCCAUCCGCCGACACCUCCGACAAACUCUUAGACGGUAUUUUUGGCAACUUGUAGCGUUCCUGAUUCUGCUAUCCUCGGGAGCCUAUGGUCGUCAUCGCAUCACUUCUGGACGAGAGACGGAACGCAAGGCAAAGCAGCUUGCUAGCCUUGCCCUUGAGAAGCUCGGCAUCCAAGCGACUCUGCACGCGCAAGACCCGGAGAUAUACCAAGAAAACUACAUCUCAAUGGCACAACUGCGCGACGACGUGCUGCGCGAUGAGUUCAGCGCGAGUCGGAGGAAGAAGCUUUGGGAGAAGGUCCAAAAAAAGGUCGAAGGGAACGCGAACGUGCGGCCCAUGGUGAGAGAAGGCAGGACGGGCGAUGUGGGCAGAGUCUGGGAGUGGGUUGGGGCAGUGGGCAUGCUGGAGAGUCCACAGGGUGUCGAGAUUGGCAAUCGUAGGAAGAGUGGACGUACGAGCUUGAUGCAGGACGGUCAGCGCCUGCUGGAGCCGCGCGAUGAGGACGAGACUGCCUUGGUCAACAAGAGGAGCGAUCUGCCUACGAGCCGUUGGGAAGAGAGCCGGUCGUACUAUUGA